GGCACCAGGACAUCGCUCAUUGUGCCAGAACCUGAACGGAUGGGAAAUGGAGGCUUUCCAGCAGAAUCUUGGGCAAUCUACAACAGGCACCUCAAAUCACUGAAGAAAUAUUAUGAAUGGCAACUUUACAGUAACUUCCAAAUCUAGAUGGGGGAUGGAAAUCCAGAAGCAGCAUCCUCUCUCAAGUUAACUUGCCCAGAACCAAGGUGCUUGUCAGUCAAAAUCAGCUCCAUUGGGCGGUAAUGUUGGUUAUAUUAUUGACAGCAGACUCUACGUGGAACUACUCUACCUGGAACUCAGUCGUGGAUGGAGAAUCCUAAGAGGACAGCAAAAAGACUUUAAGAUGGCUAAACAUCACCGCCAAUUCAAGGGAGUCCCUAAUUUAUGACCAACCAAAAUGGAGAACAUUUAUCUGGAAAGGCAAAUCAAACACAUUGAGAGACUUCAUCGAGUAUGUGGAGAAGGGACACUAAAGUAUUGAAGAGAACCUACAAACCUCCAAGCAGCACAUCUACCAAACCCAUCAAACCACACCUAGACUUGUCAGCCAUCUCAGAACCCACAACUCAAGUGAAAAAUGGGACCAGUUAUGGAUCACUGGUGAGGCGCAACACAGAACUGCAGAAAGCUGUCAAGGAGUUGGAGCACACGUGCAUAACACUUAGAGAGGAAAAUACUUUAUUGCGGAAGAGCAGCUCUCCCGAGACGGAGGAGAAAGUGAAGCGACUAAAACGGAAGAAUGCUGAGCUGUCAAACAUUGCCAAACGGUUAGAGGAGAGAGCCAGGAAACUGCAAGAAGCCAACCUCCGAGUGGUGAACUCCCCUGCCCUAGCUAAAGGCUCCAAUCUGGAACAUUACAAGAAAGCCUUUGCCAGGCAACGUGCCAAAGAUCUUUCCGAACACGCUGAUAUCAUCCUUGCCAAGGACAAACAGAUUGAAGAACUGAGGCAAGAAUGUCGUGAUCUUCAUGCAAAACUGGGACCAUCAAAGGAGGAUCCUGAUAGGUUGAAUCAAAGUGACUUUGAGCGGGUACUGAGAGAAUCUCAGAAGGAAGUGCUGCGGCUACAGAGACAGUUAGCUGUGGUGUCUCUGAGAGAACCUUCCCACCAGCAUAACCUUGGGACUCCCACAGUUGGAAUAUCAUCCGCACAUCCAGGGUUACCAUUGCAAGUGACAACAGAAUACAGCAGAACCUCAGAGGGAACAGAAUUAUGUAAAAAACGGAAAGAAUGUGAGAGCCAUGAGGAAGAGAUAAAGAAACGCCAGCGGAUAUGUGAGGAUUUGGAGAAUGAGCUGAAACAAGCCUGGAGUGAGAAUGCACGACUGACUGAAGAAACCAUUAGACUCAGCCAAGAGGCACAGGAGACUGAAAAGAUUAAAAUACACAACAAUGACCUGAGAGCGACACUCUCAGUGGUGACCGCAGAACGAGAUUCAUCUCUGAAGGAGAAUCAGCGACUCCAAGCCAAACUGGAGAACCUAGAGCAGGUCCUGAAGCACAUGCGAGAGGUGGCAGAGCGCAGGCACCAGCUGGAGUUGGAACAUGAAGAAGCGCUGACAAUUCUUCAGGCCAAGCAGUAUGAGGUGGAACGACUACAACAGGCUCAGUUUGAAGCCAAGAAGGAACAUGAAGGUGUGGUCCAGUUACUGGAGAAUACCUUGGACUGCAUGCAGGCUAAGGUACGAGAUCUGGAAGAGAAAUGUCGAAGUCAGAGCAUGCAGUUCAGCCUUCUCUCCCAGGAAUUGGAGCACUUUCGACUGCAAGCGGGAAAUAUCGACUUGCUAACUAAUACUCUUGUGAGCACAGAUACACCUGGAUUGCUGUCCCGUGGCCAGCCACUGCUCCCAAAUGGUUUGGAAUCAUCAGUGGCUAAAGACGUGGAACGUGUUCCUCCAGCAGUUCCUCAGCCAGUACAGGAAGAAAAGAAACAGGAAGAGAAGCAGGAAGAUAAGCCAGGAGUAAAACAGGAGGAGAAGCAAGAAGAAAAACAAGAAGAAAAACAAGAGCAACAAGAAGAGCAGGUUGCCUGUGAAGCAAAGGGUCAAAUGAUCAGUGUCUCCCAGCAAUCUGAGGAGGCAGAAACAGAAGUUGGUUCCAUCACCAGCAAAGUUGGACCAGAGUCGACUCAUGGCUCCAGCAAAGGCACUCCAAAAACAGAGUCAGCACAAAGUACCCCAAAGUCUUGCAUGACACCAGAGGUUGAUACAGCCAGCGAAGCUGAGGAGUUGGACCUUGACAACGUCUCAUCUAUUCCUGAGCCCGAAAGCAGGGUAACAGCAAAAUUGAAGGUGUUCAUCGCACGUUACAGUUACAAUCCUUUUGAUGGCCCCAAUGAAAAUCCAGAGGCAGAACUGCCCCUAACAGCAGGAGAAUAUAUUUAUGUGUAUGGGGACAUGGAUGAAGAUGGAUUUUAUGAAGGAGAGCUGAUGGAUGGGAGAAGAGGACUAGUCCCUUCAAACUUUAUUGAACGUGUAUCUGAUGAGGACAUGUUAGCAUUUCAACCCCCAGAAAUCAAUGAGCUGUCUCACAAUUCAUUCCAAGAGAUAAGUUUCCAUAGUGGCAGUGAGAAAAGCCUUUCACUGAGGAAAAACAGCAUUGAAAAGCUGGAGAUCUCCAGCCUUCAUGAGGAGCUCGGUCUGCAUGGGUCACAACUAAAGCCAGAGAGCCUUGUGAGCAAUGGUUUCAUUCUCAAUGCAGAAGUAGUGGCCGAAUAUGAUGAGGAUGUGGUGCCUUACCCCAGGAAACUGAACUUGAUUAAACAGCUUGCCAAAAGCAUCAUUGUCAGCUGGGAGCCCCCUUUGGUGCCAGGUGGUUGGGGUACAAUAUUCAGCUAUAAUAUCUAUGUGGAUCAAGAGCUGCGGAUGAAUGUCAAGUUUGGUUCACCAACCAAAGCUGUAAUUGAGCGACUAGACCUUAAUUCGAAAGCUUACCGCAUCUAUGUGCAAAGUGUGACUGACAAAGGAAACUCUGAUAUCAUAUGUAGCAGCAUGCUUGUGGGGAAAGAUGUCUGUGUUGCACCUAUGCAGUUGAAAGUUCAGGCUAUUACCGCAACGUCAGCAGACAUUUCUUGGUUGCCAAGCAACAGUAAUUACACCCAUGUGAUUUUCCUCAAUGAGGAGGAGUACACAGUCGUGAAAGCUGGGAACUACUCCUACUCCCUGAUGAAUCUGAGGCCGAAUAUGAAGUACAAGGUGAAAGUGGAAGCCAGACCACACCAAAUACCGUGGGAACUACCACCGGAUCGACGGCAGCUCAAAUGCACAUGUACUCAGUUCUCAACCUUACCAGGAGGCCCCCCAGAUGCCCCCCUGGAUGUUCAGAUAGAAGCAAGCCCCAACCCUGGGAUUGUGUUGAUCAGCUGGCUGCCAGUGACUAUCGAUGCUGCAGGGACCUCAAAUGGUGUGCGAGUCACUGGAUAUGCUGUCUAUGUUGACGGGCAGAAGAUUAUUGAAGUGGCAUCACCAACAGCUGGUAGUGUGCUAGUAAGAUCCAAUCAGAUUCAGCUUCUUCAAAUUUCUAAGGAACUCACAGUUCGCACCAUGUCUCCUUACGGUGAAUCAGCAGACUCUAGCCCUGUCAAAAUUCCUCGAACUCUGUUUACAUGCCCUCUGCACUCUGCACCAUCACAGUCUACCGCUGAAAGUCGUGAUCAUCCUGAAAAUAGUAUUCCUGUCAGCAAACAAUUGCCCGUUCCGGAUUUUAAGGAUGAAUAUGACAAUCUGACUGGGAUGGUCUCUGACAAAGCUCUCGACUGUGAGAGUACCACAAGCCGUAAUGGAAAAGAGCAGGGAGGCAUUCUGUCUGCUUUUAACACUCCAGGGGGUCAGGCAAUCGAAGCAAUGCCAAAUUCAACAAGUGUUACUUUCAAAGAACCAGCAUCUAUUCAAAGAGAAAAUAUCGAAAUGCAGGAUGAUGCUGCAGAUUUACAAAACUCUUGUGAAGUAGACAGAAUUGAGGAACAACCUAAAGAAGAUGCAGAAGAUUUGGAAAAUAGUCAAAUGAAGAGGCCAAUUGGCUCACUUGAGGAUUUUCUUGUGAACUUAGAGAAGGAGGAAGAUCUUGGUGUCAGUAACACAUAUACUAAGGAAAAUUCUGAUGAGAACAUUCUGGAAAGUGAUCCAAAUGACCAGAUGGUACAGACUACCAAAGCUAUAGAAGUAUUAGCUAGAACCAUUCCACAACACUCAGAUGACAGUGUUUCUCCAAGCAAUACCAGGAUGCCAUCAAUUGAGGAAUUUCUGAUUAAUUCAGAGUUUAAUCAAGAAAAAGAGCACAUUCCAAAGGAAGGGGAAGUCAUUGGACGGAGACAGUUCCAGUCUGGAGAUAUUCCUCAGGUUGACUCUGCGGAGAACCACGAGAGUGAAGAUUACCCCCUGGAUAGCAGUCGGGGCUCAGACCUCUCAGACAUCAUGGAGGAGGAUGAAGAAGACCUGGGAUCAGACGCACAGACAAAUGAAGAAAUACAGCAAGAUUGCAGUUUGAUUAGGAACAACUCACUAAAGCAACCUGAGCAAUAUGAAACUGAUAGCGAUGAGGAGUAUCUGGAGAAAAUUCUAGAGCUUCCUCUGCAGAAACGUUACAGUAAGAAACUAUUCAGCAUCCCUGAAGUAACAGAGGAAGAGGAGGAAGAGGAAGAGGAAGAGGAGGAGGAGGAAGAGAAGGAGGAGGAGAAGGACCAAGAGAUGGUCUGUAACAGCUGCCAGAGUGGUCCCAGCAGCCAAGAAGAAGAAAAAGCCUCUGUUCAUUCCCAGGAAGAAGAACAAUCAGAGGAACAGGAUCAAGUCUUUGAAUGUGUACCGAGCACUUCUGAAAACCACAGAGAUACCAAAAAUCAAGUGUUGGAAGAGAAACCAGCCCCUGAUAUCAGUCAGGAUAUCAAAAAUGGAGCUCAGGAAGUUGUGGGUCCUACUAUUCCACAGAGUGAGCUGAAACCUAAGGAUUUGGAAGAGGUGUCAAUAUCUGACUAUAUCUCUAAUCAGAGCAAUAAGCAGGAGCCAGAUGAGAAUAAACCUCUCUACACAAAGACUAAUAUCAAAAAUAAAGAAUGGAGUGAAGAGGCAAGUGGGUGUGCAUGCCAUGGUGCUGAGAUUCAUCAUAUAUACCCUCAAAAGUAUCAUAGGUCCCACCAAGAGGAAGAGACCACAGUAGAGCAUGUGCAGGACAAGACUGUUGAUGACUCUGACCUAGAUGUUACUGAAUGUGUGGAGAAAUCACAACCAGAGGACGAUGACAAGAAUGUUUUAGAGCCAGAUGUUGUUGACCUAACAUCUAUCUUAAAGAUGCAAUCUCAGACAUGGAUGAGGUCCACAGAUCCCAGAGAGGCGAAUACAGCAGGAACUGGGAAUCCAAGUUGCAACAGGAGACAGCAGCUUUCUCACAAAAAUCUAGAGAUAGAUAUAGAAUAUGGCACUGAGGAGGAAGAAGAAAUAGUGACAUCCAGCUUAACCUUCUGCCCUCGUGUUAUUCAUCCGGAUCAAAUGCAAUCAAGUUGGUGGUACUGCAGCAAGACUAACAGAGAAAAUGCAAGUGAGUGUUCAAGGUUGUGUGAGUUCAUGCAGUCAAAUGAACAGAGGCAGGCCUGUGACAAAGGCAUUAUUUAUGAUUCAAGCACCAACAGCACCAGGUCUCCCCAUCAUCAUAAGAAAAAGAAUAAGUUUGCUUCCCCCAGGAGACUACGAUACUGCGAACGAAACAAACUAAAAGGAAGGAUGGCAGAGGAGGCUUGGAACUUGGAGUCUGAUGAAUUAGAAAGAACAAGAGCAAGGCUUGAGGAUUCAGCAUGUUCACGGGGUUUUGCAAUAAACACAGAUUCAGUAUCACAUGGUCUACCUGAUUCGCCUGCAGUACGAGGUGUACAUCUCAAGGAUAGCCCAUCUCUCAAGUUUCGCAGAGGAGAACUGUCCUCUUCUAAAGCUUCAUUAGUAGACAGCUCUCGAAGUCGAGAGAUUCCAAUCUUGGAUGGAUAUGAGGAGAGAAGCACAAAAGGAGUAGUAGAUAGUGGUCUUGUUCGCAUUUUUGUGGCUCUUUUCGAUUAUGAACCUGCGACAAUGUCACCAAAUCCAGAUGCUGCAGAAGAGGAGCUGGCAUUUAGAGAGGGCCAGAUCCUAAAGAUAUUUGGUGAUAAGGAUGCUGAUGGAUUUUACCGUGGAGAAGCCAAUGGGCAGACUGGUUAUGUGCCAUGCAACAUGGUCUCCGAAAUCCAGGUGGAUGAUGAUGGAAUGAUGGAGCAGCUAUUACAGAGAGGUUAUCUGGCUCCCAGUAUGUCCAUGGAGAAGCUGGGCAGCCACACGCUCUCUCAACCGCCACGCCGCACUGCGCCUCCUCCGAAACCAAGGCGAACCAAAAAAGUGCAAUCCAGCAAGUGGGAGGAGAGUCGAAAACAAGAGCGGAGUCGACCUGGCAGUGGACAACAGAAAUUGCCUAUGAGAAGAAUGGUGGCUGUCUUUGACUAUGAUCCCAGGGAAAGCUCUCCUAAUGUGGAUAUUGAGGCUGAGCUGACAUUUAGUGCUGGUGACAUCAUUACUGUUUACGGGGACAUGGACGAGGACGGUUUUUAUUACGGUGACCUAAAUGGACUACAUGGGCUUGCACCAUCGAACUUCCUGGAGGUGAUAGCUGGGGAGGAGACAGUGGAACCAGCUGCUGGGAAUAUCACGUCGAGACUUUCUCCAACUGUAACACACAAAGAAAAACAGCUGAGCUUGGAUGAAGCUGUGGCUGUACAGCCUGUUGUGCAAGAAACCGAUUAUCCUGCUGUCACGGGAUUGUGUUUGGACGAUCAGGGAUGCAGUGAGAAUGUCUCCAAUAACAAGAAGAAAAAGGGCUUUUUUUCCAAAGGAAAGAAAUUGUUCAAAAGGUUGGGAUCCAGUAAAAGAGAGUAACUUAAAAAUGGGAUCCUAUAGUGGCAAGUACUCCUACUUGGGAUCCAGUAAAAGAGAGUGAUCUAGUAACAUUGUAACUCUCACCUCGCUUCCAGCAGCAGAGUAACUCCCACCUGGGAUCUGGUAAUGGAGAGUAAUGCCUAUUCAACCUCCAGUAACAGAGAGUUACUUCGUCUUGAAUGCAGUAUAUCACUUCAGAUGGUGCUGAAUCUUAGAAAUGAUUGGAAACUAAGUGGAUUUGGUUGACAUCCACUGAUGCAGAACCCUGACCACUGCAAAAUCUAAAGGUAUCUCCACCGCCCCUUUACUGUGAUUGAAAGAAUGAUUGGCCACAAAAUCUAAUCUCCCUGCUGAGCUUUAAUCCUGUAAAACCAUGAGAAGAGAAUGCCUUUUUACAAAUGAUAAUAAUUACAAACCAUGAAUUUUCACCCAACUGGAAAUAUCUAGCUUCAGAUCACCUCAUUUGUUAACUGUUAGAAGACCUGUCACUAAUAUUGUUCAUGCAUUGAUGCUCCAGUUACUGCUUAAGAGCACAGAGCUGUUCCCUUCAAGUAGCUACAUGACAAUAUUACUUAAGAUUUGCAGAGGUAUAAAUCUCUGCAUUUCGUAAACUUCAAACUAAGACAGGUAGUGCCUGACUGAUAAGGAAAUUGUGAUGUGAUCACCAGUUUGUUACCCAGUGUUGUCUCACUGGUCCAUUUCUUUCUGGAGUUGAACACUGGUGAGUUCUAUUCCCUUGUUAUCAGCAGUCACUUUAUGUCUUGAGUUUGUAACCAUUUACCAAGUCCCAAAAUGGCACACGUGCAGGGCAGGGAUUUACGAUCAGGGCUGGUGUUCACUGAAAUGGUUUUAAAAAUGGCUCCAUUUCAUGAAAUAUUGAAGUAAAUGGAGAUAAAUUAUUCUAUGACUGAUAUCAGACUUAUUGAGUCCUGUUUGUAUGUUAGAAAUUUUCAAACAGACUGUUCAAAGUCUAGACAGUUAGGCGCAAAACUAGAAGGUAACAACUUUACCUGAAAUCACAAGUGUGUAAAGUGUCCAUAUAUUUGUGAUCUGAUCUAUUAUAUUGCUAAAGGUGAGUAAUUGGAAAGUUUGUCCUUUGCCUUAUUCAAGAAAGACAGCUUAAUGGAUUUCUAAACAAGAAAAGUGGAUUUUCAGAUGUCAAGCCACAAUACCCUGCCAGUUUUCAGCUGAUACCCUCAGAUUGUGUACAUUUACAUUCUGUUCUCCAGGCUCCUGAGCAGCUGUCACACAUAAAACAGAAACUUAUUUUCAUACCUUAAAGAAUUGCCAUCAUGUUUAAAUUCUAGCACGCCACUUUGUAAUAUACAGUCAAGAUUUUGUAAAGAAGAGUUUAUAUGAUUGUUUGUGACAUUUAUAAAUAUUUUCACCUCUUGUUUUGCAUGCGUCAUUGGGAUCAAGUCCGGCUGUGCUUUGCAUGGAGGACAGUUAUGAACAGGGCCAAGCCCUUACUGUUAAAUGCUUUUCCCUUGUUUCUACAUAGAAAUG